AGUUCUCUGAACGCAGGGCUAUGAGUGUUGCACACUGAAGACAGGGAACAUCAGCGGGAACACCUCAAACGUGCACACAAGGACGGUUCACCAGGACGGCAGAGGCUUGAUGAUCUGCAGGGGUGGAUUCUAGGGCAUGAGGGAUCUUUCAGCAUGAUGGGAAGGCACAGCUUGGACGGGCUAUCAUGGACGUUACUGUUUCACUUAGCAGGCUGGGCGUUAGUUCUGUGGCUCUGCGGGGCGGAAGGGAAGGCUCUGACCGGCCGUUGCAGCCUGUUCGGUCAGCACCACGUUCACACCUUUGACGGGGCUCUGUACGACUUUCCCGGAGACUGCAGCUACAUGCUGGCCGGGGACUGCCACCGCCGGUCCUUCUCCUUGCUGGGUGACUUCCGACAUGGGAAGAGGAGGGGUGUGACGGUGUACCUGGGAGAGUUCUUUGAGCUUCACCUGUCUGUGGACGGAAGCCUCAUGCAGGGAGAGAAAAGGCUGCCCCUGCCCUACGCCUCCAGCACCAUAUUUGCUGGGAUGGAGUUGGGCUACUACAAGCUGUGGAGUGAGGAGUUUGGCUUUGAGGUGAAGAUCGACAGCAGCGGUAACAUCAACCUCCUGCUCUCUAAGCACCGUACGAACCGGACCUGCGGGCUGUGCGGCAACUUCAACGGCCUGACGGAGGACGAGUACACCGCGCAGGAAGGGUUCCUGACAGAGAGCAGCUAUGACUUCGCCAAUUCCUGGGCCCUGCAUGAAGCAGGCAAGCCCUGCAAACGCGUGUCUCCCCCCAGCAAGACCUGCAACGCAUCCGGAGCCACUGCAGCAGAUGUGAUAUCCAGUUGCGACGCCCUGCGGAGGGCUCCCUCCUUCCUGCGCUGCGCCCACGUGGUGGACCCCGAGGCCUUCGCCCUGCUCUGCGAGGAGGACGCCUGCCACUGCGCGGAGGACCAGGCCUGCCGGUGCCAGGCCUUCCUGGAGUACGCCCGCUCCUGCGCCGGGCACGGCCUGCCCCUCCACGGCUGGCAGAGCCACAGCCUGUGCUCUCCCAGCUGUCCGACAGGAAUGCAGUACAGCGAGUGCACCAGCCCCUGUUCCAGCACCUGCCAGAGCCUGAACAUCCACGAGGUCUGCAGGGAGGAGUGUGUGGAUGGCUGCACCUGCCCAGCGGGGAAGAUUCUGGAAGGGGACCGCUGUGUGGAUGUUUCGCAGUGCUCCUGCAUGCACACAGGUCGACGCUACCCUCCCGGGUCCAGCAUCCCGCAGGACUGCAACACCUGUGUGUGUCGACAUGGCUCAUGGGAGUGCACCAAUGAAGGCUGUCCAGGGGAGUGCUUUGUCACGGGCCAAUCCCACUUCAAGACUUUCGACAACAAGUUUUUCACCUUCAGCGGAAUCUGCCAGUAUCUGUUUGCUCAGGACUGCCAGGACAACGUGUUUGCUGCAGCCAUCGAGACAGUACAGUGUGCUGACGACCAGGACGCGGUGUGUACCCGCUCAGCCACCCUGCGCUUCCACCAGAUGGCCAACGUCACCGUGAAGCUGAAACACGGAGGCGCGGUGGCGGUGGACGGCCUGGACGUCCAGACCCCUCUGUCCCACGGACUGCUUCAUAUAAAGAGGACAGUCAUGUCCUCCUUGCGGCUGUCAUACGGGGAUGACUUCCAGCUGGACUGGGAUGGACGGGGAAAGCUCCUGCUGAAGCUGGGGCCGGCAUUCGCAGGCAAGACGUGCGGUCUGUGCGGGAACUACAACGGGAAUCAGGGCGACGACUUCCUGACGGACGCAGGGCUGGUGGAGACGCAGGUGGAGGGCUUCGGGAACUCGUGGAAAAUUAACGGAGAAUGCAACAACGUGGUGAAGCAAGACACGGAUCCCUGCAGCCUUAACCCCAAGAGAGUGCGUUUCGCGGAGGAGUCGUGCUCGGUGGUGUUCUCUGUGCAGUUCGAGCCGUGUCACAGCGAGGUGAACCCCGCGCCCUUCCUGAAGAACUGCCGCUACGACGUGUGCUCGUGCGCCGACGGACAGGAGUGUCUUUGCUCCGCCAUCGCCAGCUACGCCUCCGCCUGCGCCAGCAAGGGAGUGCUGGUCAACUGGAGAAACCCCAAGUUCUGCGAGCUGAGCUGCCCAGCCGGCCAGCUGUAUGAGCAGUGUGGCAGCCCCUGCAACCAGAGCUGCCGUUCCCUCUCCUUCCCCGAGACCAACUGCAGAGACAUCUGCCUAGAGGGCUGCUACUGCCCUCCGGGACUCUUCCUUGCCGGGGAAUCUGGGGAGUGCGUUCCCCAGGCCGAGUGCCCCUGCUACCACGACGGGGAGGUCUACUAUCCCAACGACGUCUUCUCCGACUACCAGACCAUAUGCUACUGUGAGAACGGCGCCAUGCGCUGCAGCUCCAACGAGAUGCCGGCGGCCAUGUUGUCUGACCUCUUCGCCGAAGACCUGCCGGCUUCACGAGCUCGCCGUUCCGUCAGAUGCCCGCCCCCCACGCAGAAGCUGAUGUGCAGCAGCUCCAGGGAUGUGGGCAUCGAGUGCAGCAAGACCUGCCAGAACUACGACCUGGAGUGUGUGAGCCAGGGCUGUGUUAGUGGCUGCAGCUGCCCCACUGGGAUGGUCCGUCACAGGAGACAAUGCAUUAACCCUGUUCAGUGUCCCUGUUAUCACAACAAUAAGCCGUAUGCUCCCGGGCAGACUGUCACCAUGGACUGUAAUACAUGUGUGUGUCGAAGCCGCAAGUGGCAGUGCAGCAAGAGAGUGUGUGAUGGGUCCUGCAAGACCAUCGGGGAUUCACACUACAUCACCUUCGAUGGCCUCAAAUACUCCUUCCCUGGCCUCUGUCAGUAUGUCCUGGUGCAGGAUUAUUGCAAUGGUGACAAAGGGACAUUUCGGGUGUUGGUGGAGAACACAGCAUGUGGGCUGGUGGGUCACAGGUGUGCUAAGAGUGUGACUGUGCUGUACCAGGGAGGACUUAUUGUCAUGGAGCAGGGAGAGGUGAAGAUGAAGAAGCCCGUACUUCAGGAGACGGAGGUGGAGAUCGUGCGUUCGGGCCUCUACUACAUUCUGCUGCUGGGCCAGGACAUUGUCCUCACCUGGGACAAGGGGACACGGCUUGUAGUGCAGAUCAAGGGCCGCUACAGGGAGAAGGUCUGUGGUCUGUGUGGGAACUUUGAUGGAAUUCAGAACAAUGACCUUCUGAGCAGCAACAACCAGCUGGAGGUGGACUCUGCAGAUUUUGGGAACUCCUGGAAGGUGAACCCAAGCUGUGCAGAUGCAGUGCAGGUGCCCUCCCAGUGCAGCGACAACACCUUGAAGCUGGUGACAGUGGAGCAGUCCUGUCGCAUUCUCACCAGCGCCAUCUUCAGGGAGUGCAACAGCGUGGUGAACCCAGAACCCUACUGGGAGAUCUGUACCUAUGACACCUGCUCCUGCCCAUCUGUGGGAGACUGUGUCUGCUUCUGCGAAGCCAUCGCCGCCUACGCCCACGAAUGUGCCCAGAGGGGCGUAGUGGUGCACUGGAGAUCCAACGACCUGUGCCCGCUGAGCUGCCAGGACAUGAAUAAGGCCGAGCCGGAGUUCGAGUGUGAGUGGAGAUACAACGCCUGCGCCAGCGCCUGUCCAAUCACCUGCCAGCACCCGGAGCCCCUGCAGUGCUCACAGGAGUGUGUGGAGGGGUGCCAUGCCUACUGCCCGGCAGGGAAGGUUCUGGAUGAAGUGGCCAUGCAGUGUGUAAACCCAGAACAGUGUCAGGUGUGUGAGCACAAAGGCCAGCGCAUUUCUCACGGAAAGAAAAUCAUCCUCAACCACAAUGUCCCAGAGCUCUGCCAGAUCUGUCACUGCGAGGACAACAAACUGACUUGCGAGAAGUGUCCCACUGAAGUCAGCACCACCCUGGCCCCCACCACUUACUUCACCACCCCCACCGUGAUGCCCUUCUCCACCCCGGUGCCGGCGGACGCCUGCGACCGCGCCAUGGACCUGGCGUUCCUGGUGGACGGUUCCUCGGCACUGACCGAGGACGACUUUGAAAAGGUGAAGCAGUUCAUCCUGGGCGUGGUGCAGCGCUUCCGCAUGGGCUCCGCCCACACCCGGGCCACCAUGCUGCUCUACCACUCCGGGGUGAAGAGCUACGAGAUGCAGGUGCAGAAGUGGAUCUUCAAGCGGAUGGUGCGGGAGAUGAAGUACAGCGGGGGCGACCUGGCCUUCAUGGACGAGGCCAUCAAGUACCUGUCCGUCUUCAUCUACGACAAGGACAAGAGAGUGCAUGCGGGUCGGGUGGCCAUCAUCCUCACCGCCAGCGCCAACCCAAGGUCCAUGAAGAUGACCCAGCGCCUGCUGAAGAAGAAGGACAUCACCACCAUCACCAUCGCCCUGGGACCCGACGCCAGCAUAGCCCAGAUCAGCGAAAUCACCAAGGCCAACCCCAACAGCCGGGAGUACAUCCUCAGCAGCGUUGAGGAGCUAGACGACCGGGCGGUGGAGGUCAUCGAUUACCUGUGCACCCUGGGCCUGGAGCCUGAGGUCCCCGCGCCUAAACCCGUUCCCACCACACGAGCGACCACCACACCCAGGCCAAGCGUGCACGUCACCCCCACGCAGCAGAUCCUGAGACCCCCCGUCCCCACCACUGCCGGCCCCCUCUCUCCCACCACUUCCUCCCCAUGGGCCAUCAAAGAGGUCACCUUCAUCGUGGAGGGCUCAAACAAAGUUGGGGAGGUGGACUUCAACAAGACCAGGAAGUUCCUGGAGGAAGCGGUGUCGGAGCUGAUGGUGACCGAGGAGCACAUCCGCAUCACCAUCAUCCAAUACUCCUACACCGUAACGUUGGAGUUCACCCAGAGGGAGGCCCUGCAGCGGAACGUGCUGCUGGAGAAGAUCCGUCAAAUCCGCUGGCGGGGAGGCCAGGCCACCAACACGGGCCAGGCUGUGCGCACCGUGUCGCAGACCCGUUCCACCGAUAUCCAGAACCCCCAGGGUCAGAAGCCCCAGCUGGUGUUCAUGGUGACCAGCAACCCGCCCACGGACACAGUCCAGAGGCCGGCCGAGUCCACCAACACCAUCAUCUACCCCAUCGGGGUGGGCCAAAAAAUCAAGGAAGUGGACCUGGAGCCCCUCAGCUUCCCGGAGAGGCCCAUCAUUGUGGACAGCUACGAUGAUCUACGCUCUGUAAUUAAACGGGUGGUUAACAUCACCAGGUUCACCACCUCCAGUGUCAGACCCCUGAGCCCAACUCUACCUCCUUUGCUACCCCCCAUGACUACACUGCCCCCUUCAGUUCCCUGCGAGAAGCCUAUGGAUGUUAUUUUCCUGCUGAAGGAGAGCUCUGGGCUAGGACCGAGCCAGUUUGAAGACAUGAAGGCCUUUGUCAAAGCGUUCAUCAACAGCGCGGACAUUGGUUCAAAGGGCAUUCAGGUGUCGGUUAUCCAGUACGGGGAGAGGAACACAGUAGAUGUUUCCUGGAGGGAAGAACAGAAGAGGGAGAACCUUGUCAGCCUUGUGGACUCCAUUAAAAAGAGGUGGACGACAUCUUCCACCCUGGGUUCUGCACUGCGGUUUGCUGUGCAGACUACCAUCUCUUCAGUCAGUGGGGGGCGUCCAGGCGUGGCUAAGGUCAUUGUGAUGCUGGUGACAGACAGGUCCACAGACUCAGUGGAAGAGGCAGUCAAGGAAGCUGUGACUGCUGGCGUGUCAGUCUUCCCCAUUGGCAUUGGCUCCCGUUAUGAUGCAGCCCAGCUGAAUGUACUGGCUGGACAUGGGAUGCAGGCCAACGUCAUUCACAUGAAUAUCAUAGAGGACCUGCUGGCCAUGAUGACUCUGGGGCACUCCUUCAUCGACAAACUUUGCAGGGCCGCUCUCCCUGGAGUGUGUGUGGACGACGACGGAAAUCAGAGGAAGCCUGGGGAGACCUGGGUCCUGUCAGACCAGUGCCACAGCCUGCUGUGUCACCCCAACGGGGCGAUGACCAUACAGAGCCACCGGGUCAACUGUGAGCACAUGGAGCGUCCCGCCUGCAAGAACAACCUGCGCAGCGUCAAGGUGCCCGAGCCCUGUGGCUGCCGCUGGGCCUGUCCCUGUAUGUGCAUGGGCAGCUCAACCAAUCACAUCGUGGGGUUCGACGGGCUGACGCUGAAGCUGGACGGGUUCUGCACGUACAGCCUCCUGCGGGCGGAGGGGGCCGGGGGCGUGGAGGUGUUUCUCCACAACGGGCCCUGCGAGAGCUCCCCCACUCAGAUCUGCAUGAAGGCCAUGGAGGUGAAGGUCGGGGAGGUGUCGGUGAUGCUGAAGGACGACAUGACGGUGACCAUCGAUGGGAUUAAGAACUCGGCUCCUUUCAGGACCCGUGGGGUAGAGGUGACCCAGUACGGGGCUGUGAUGCACCAGCUGAAGGUGGAGGAGCUGGGCUACCUCGUGGCCUUCACUCCUCAGAGCAACGAGUUCACCAUCCAACUGAGCCCCACCAUGGUCAACAACAAGACCUCUGGACUCUGCGGUUACUGUGACCAGGACGAGCUGAAUGACCUGGUCCUGCCGAGUGGCUCGGUGACCAUGGACAGUGACACCUUCAUCCAGGCGUGGUCCCUGCCCGCGCCGGACGGCACCCUGUGCAAGCCCAGGAUUUCGGCGGUGUGUGAAAACCCCGUCACCGACUGGUGCCAGAUCCUCCACUCGCCCGUCUUCGCCCCCUGCCACGCGGCCGUGCCCCCGGACGCGUUCUUCACCCUGUGCCGCCAGAACGGCUGCAAGAUGGGGGAGGUCUGCGACCUGGUGUCCUCCUACAGCCGCCUGUGCCGACUACAGGGGGUCUGCGUCAACUGGAGGAGCGAAGACUUCUGCCCCAUGCCGUGCCCCAGCUCCAUGGUGUUCGAUAGCUGCCGCACGGGCUGCGUGGAGGAAUGCGGCAGGAGCGGCCGCCGCAGAUUUUCCCCCGGCGAUGAUGUCACCCCCGGCGACGGCGCGCCCGGCGACGGCCCCCGGUGCAUGGACACGCCCACGGAGGGCUGCUUCUGCCCCCCCGGGAGCGUGCUGCACGGGGGCGUCUGCGUGAGCCCGGACGCCUGCUCCCAGUGCCUGGAUCAGCAAGGCAGGGCCUUCCAGUACCUGGAGACAUGGGUGCCACAGGACAUGCCCUGUCAGAUCUGCAUGUGUCUAGACAACCAGCACAUCAACUGCACUGCCCGGCCCUGUACCGACAACAAGGUCCCUAAGUGUGGCCCCUGUGAGGUCCUGAGGGAGAGGAGGGAGUCCCUGUGCUGUCCUGAGUAUGAGUGCGUGUGUGACCUGGUGACCUGUGACCUCCCUAACAUCCCUCACUGUGAGGACGGGCUCUCGGUUGUCCUGAGCAACCCGGGACAGUGCCGGCCCGUCCAUGAAUGCGUCUGUAAGAGGGAGUCCUGCCUCCUGCUGGCCCCGCCCGCCUGCCCCCCUCACCGCCGGCUGACUGUGAAAAAGACGCAGUGCUGUGGAGCUCACGAAUGUGUCUGCGAUUGCCAGAACUCCACCCGCACCUGCCCGCCCGGGUACAUCACCUCCUCCGUCACCAACGACUGCAACUGCACAGAGGUCACCUGCGUCCCGGACAAGGUGUGUGUGGUCUCAGGUGUGGUGUACCAGAUGGGCAAUCAGUGGGAGGAGUCAUGCAAGACGUGCACCUGCACAGGCCAACAGGACCGGAUCACAGGGCUGCACCUCGUCCAGUGUGUGGACAAGGUCUGCAACGAGAUCUGCCCCAUGGGCUCCAGUUACUCCCGCCCAGAAGGGGAAUGCUGUGGAAAGUGCCGGAAGUCCAGCUGCCUGGAGCAGUAUGUGGGAGGGCCGCUGGGAGACGUGAGCAGUGCGGGACGCCUACGGCAGGUGGGAGAAAGGUGGCGCUCCUCUCAGGACAGGUGUAUGAUAAACGAGUGUGUGCAGGUGAAUGACGAGGUGUUCAUCUCACACUCCAACGUGUCCUGCAACCAGCUGGAUGCCCCCUCCUGCCCCCUGGGCACAGAGCUGCACUGCAGCACAAACGACUGCUGCCCCCACUGCCAGUGUGUGCCUCUGGAGGGCUGUUUGAUGAACCACACAGUCAUCGGGGCAGGGGCGAGGGUGAUGGUGGAUCUCUGCACAAGGUGCCAGUGCUCCCUGGAAUGGGGGGCUGUAAGGAAGUACCGUCUCUCCUGCAGGACUAUCACCUGUGCUCCAUGCCCAGAGGGCUACGCCCUGGAGCCCAUCCCCGACGCGUGCUGUGGCCGAUGUGUUGCCGUUUCCUGCAGGAUCCAGAGACCGGACGGCUCGUUCAUUAGGCUCCAGGCUAAUAAGACUCACGAGGAUGGCUGCAUCCUCCACAACUGCAGAUUCAACCAGAAGGGAGAGCUGGUCCUGGAGACCCGCGUCACCACCUGCCCACCGUUCAACAGAGCCAGCUGCCUGCAGGAAGGGGGGAAAGUCAGCCAAAUCGGGAGCAGCUGCUGUGAGACGUGCACGGAGCCAGAGUGCAAGAAAACCACAGGAGUCCUGAACUACAUUAAAGUGGAUGACUGUCAGUCCGAGCGACCGCUGGAGCUGCACUACUGUGAGGGAAAGUGUCGGAGUAAGGCGAUGUUCUCUCUGGAGAAGAACAGGGUGGAGCGUCAGUGUGUGUGCUGUGCUGCCACCGGCACAUCCACGCUGACCGUGCCCCUGCGCUGCCCCAACGGCACCCUGACCCAGCACCAGGUCCUCAGCGUCACUGCCUGCGACUGCCAGUCCCAGCUCUGUGAGGGCGAGGCCUGAGAGAGAGAGAGAGAGAGAGAGAGAGAGAGAGAGAGAGAGAGAGAGAGAGAGAGAGAGAGAGAGAGAGAGAGAGAGAGAGAGAGAGAGAGAGAGAGAGAGAGAGAGAGAGAGAGAGAGAGAGAGAGAGAGAGAGAGAGAGAGGCAUGAGGGAACAGAGGGUGGAGAAUUCCUUAUCCUGUGUCCUGGGUGUGGGUCUGGUGAAAAUACCCCAUAGCUCCAUUUGACUGUAAUCUCUUUACACUUACUGUACAUUACAUUAUCUUUACUGUAGUAAAACAAAAUGUGUUCCAGAGCAUCACUGACUACCUUGCUUCUUCCAUGCUUCAGUCCGUUGUGAUAUUUUUCGUGAAAUAUUAUACAUUGGAAGCAAACAAGAUCAAUGUCCUUCUAUGGCUUGUUCUGUAAAUAUUUCAACGGAUAUAUAUGUGAACUUGAUGUUUUAUUCCAAUAAACCACAAAUAGUUUUCAAAA